AUGGCACCCAAGAUCUUCCUCACAGGAGGCACAGGCUACAUCGGCGGCUCCGUCCUCCACACCCUCUACACCACGCACCCCUCAUACACCAUCACCGUACUUCUCCGCCGAACUCCUGAGACCUUCACCUCCACCUACCCCAACAUCACCAUCCUAACCGGCGACUACUCCAGCACCUCUUUGAUAACCUCCGCCGCCGCCUCCGCCGACAUCGUCAUCCACUGCGGGGACUCAGACCACGAACCCAGUCUCUCCGCCAUCAUCUCUGGUCUCCUCCAGCGCUCUACUCCAGGCUACCUCCUCCACCUCUCCGGCACAGGAAUAGUGUCAGACUGGGCCUCCCCAUCGUACCUGGGACUGCUAAACCCAAAGAUAUGGUCCGACAAGACUUCUCUGGCUGAGAUCCGGUCCUUGCCUCCAACGGCGCUGCACCGCAACACCGAAACCAUCCUGCACGACACCAUAGCCAAGUACGGAGAUAGGAUCAAGAUAGCAAUCAUGUGUCCCCCUGAUAUCUACGGCAAAGGUAAGGGGUUAGUUAAAACGCAUAGUGCGCUUAUCCCCUUUUUUAUACACGCAGCGAAGGGAUUGGAGAGCGGGAAACCUUUUUACUAUAACGAAGGUGCCAAUACGAGGAGUUGGGUGCAUAUCAACGAUCUCAUGCGUCUGUAUCUGCAUGUCGUGGAAGCCGCUGUCUCAACCUCCACCUCCGACGACGACGACGACUCCAGUGGUGAGUUCUUCAACGAAAACGGAUACUAUUUCGCGAGCACGCAAGAGCAUUCUCAGAUUGAUGUUGCGAAAGCAGUGGGGAGCAUUCUUCACGAACACGGUGUGAUCAAGGAUGCGGAACCAGUGCAGAUCGGUUUGGAGGAACUGGAUGGCAUGGCUGCUAUUUAUCCCGCGUUUCCGAAGCUCGCGCGGUACUUGUUCGCGAGUAAUUCGCGGACGAGGGCUGAGAGGGCGGCGGAGAAGUGGGGGUAUAAGGGUGAGGCGCCUGGGUUGUUGGAGACUCUUGAGGACGAUGUGCUGGAUGCCAUUGGCAUGAAGGGGUGA